UAUAUAUAUAUAAUUUUUUUAAAUUGUCAACGAGAGCCACUUCAGCAGAUUGUGUUUAUGUGUGUCGAUCUCUACCCUUUUUUUGUCUUUCUUGAACUUCAUUUGUAGACUCACGGUUUCUUUGAGAGACAGUUAUGCGCAAGGUCACAAAGAGUUAAAUCCUGUUUGAUUUCUUUUAGUUGAAAACGUUUAAAAAUGGGGUUUGAUGCAUUUAGAAAAAAUGGAGGACCCACCUACUAUGAUGCUGUCCACAUUCCUUGGGAGACAGAUCUAGUGACGUCGGGGCUCAUAUUUAGCUUCGUCAUAUUGGCGUUUUCUUUCUACAUCAUAUUGCCAGGAAUGGCAGGAAAAGAAAAAUUGUUCUCAUUUAUAAGAAUCACGCUCAGUUUAUUUAUUGGAGCAGUAAUAUUGGUAAGCAAUUUUUCAAUGACCUGGGAGACAGCAAGCACAUCUACACUCACUAAAUAUAAAGCUGGAACUGGACAGGAGGUCAAUGUGUCUAUAGGAGUCAACAUUGGGUUCAGAGGCAUUAAUAUAACACUUAAAGGAGAUGAUGAUCAAAUUAUAGGUGAAACCAUCAAUUAUAAUGAACAUUUCUCAUGGGAAGGACUCCAAGGCAGAUUUGGUUUUGGACCAUUUUCUGGAAGAUUUAACCAAGAAUACCGUGCAGCUCAGCAGAGAGGUCUGCCAUUACCUAUUCUGUGGAUAGCUGAAUAUUUCACCAUUGAUGGUGAGGGGAUAAGGUGGGGAAGACAUUACAGACAAGCAGGAUGGUACUCACAUAUCAUGCUGUGGCUGGCUUUCCCACUUUGGCUGUUGUCCAACAUUUUGUUUUUUGUCUUGCUGAGGUAUGGGGCAUAUUUCUUGGUCCUGACAGGGCUCUCCAUGAUCAUUUCCAACAUUAUCUGGGCGACUCUCAGAAAUGUUGUUGAUCUGGUUAUUCCAUUUACUACACACGAUAAGCUUGAAUUUAGCUAUGGUGGAUCAUUCUGGGUGUGUUUGAUAACAGGAAUUGUUUGUGUGGUACUUGGUAUUGUGGUAUUUCUAAUGGAUAAACUUUGCCCAACUUAUGUGGCUGCAUUUUUUGGUGUGGAUGUUUUACAAGAUUCAGAGAGUAUUGUAGUAGAAGAGGAUGAUGAACAGAUAGUAACAGAUCAAAGUAAAACCAUCCGCAACCAAGGUGGCAGUGGUGAAGGAGCUGACGAUGUGGAUGGUGAAGAUGAUGACUUGUAUCAACCACCUCCCUUAGCCAUUCCUCAGCAAUCUACAGACAGAGACUCAUCUUUUGUCAGACCACCUAUCGUUCGUAAAAAAUCUUACAACACAGCAGAAUUUAGAAUUACCAAGCGGCUUCAGCGACCCAGGCGCAGAGAUCCACCACCUCGACCAGUUACACAUAAGACUGAAGAUGAUGAAGAUAAAAAUCUUUAUCUUAAUGAUAUUCCAAUGAAACAGACCAGUGCUGAAUUGUCUGCUCGGAAUGUUGUCUCGGAGAAUGAUGAGCUAUACACCAAUGGAACUCAGAUUCAGACUUCUGCCAGUAGGUACUAAAAUCUUAAUGAAUGUUAUUAAAGAAGCUGAUCAAGCUACUCAUAACUGCAUUUGUUUAAUUACUGUAUUAAAAUGGACAAAUGUUUUCAUUGUUUCUCAUGCCUUGGUAAUUUGUGAACUGUAAUUAAAUAAUAGGCCUUUAUGUAGAUUUUUUAAACUUCAAAUUUUAACACUUCUGUAUAUUUAGAAACACUUCAAGAAUUAUAAAUUUCAAAAGCUUAUUUUUAUGUUUUUUUUUUAUGAUAUAAACAAUUAUAUGGUACAAAUGUUUCAUUCAAAUGAAAGUUUUUGUUAAACUGAUUCAGAAAUUUUGGUUUAUUUCAUUGUAUUCCAAAAAGUAACAGUAGAAUACUAAUAGGAUAUAGUGAUAUGCUUAAAAAAAAGAUAGAUAGGUUUAUAAUUUUUAAUUUCUUUCAGUACAGAAUAGUAUAAAUUAGUUCACAUUUUAAAUUUCAGAAUCUGCUUUAUUAUAGUGCAACCUAUAUUUUGUUUGUGUAAUUGCAGUAACAUUGUAAAAAUUUCCAUAUGAACCUUAUGUGCACUGCUUUUUUUGGUUUACAGUGUAAUUUCCAUACGAACCUUAUGUGCACUGCUUUUUAUGGUUUACAGUGUAAUGUGGUCAAAUUUCUUGACUUUACCCAAAAAUAUGUUUAAUUUUAUUUUUAUCAUUUAAUAGGAAUUUUAACUGCACAAAAAAUAAAUACGUUACAAAUGUCUACUAUCUUUGAAAAGCAACAACAGUCUGCCUCAAACAUACCUAAUAUUAAUUUUCUUGUUUUGCUUUUUGCCAUUUUAAAAAAUAAAUAAAUUAGAUUUUGUUUUUUUACAUAUAAAAUUCCAAUUCAAAUAGACAUUAAUUUCUAUCUGUAGCCUUUCAAAAUGUGAUAAUAUGUAUCAUUCUUUGUCAUUGUUGGUAAGUCCAAGCCUUAUUAUAUUUAAAAUUAGAGCUGACUAGAUGUAGGAACCUCUUCAAAUCAUUAGUUCAAAAAAACUGUCACCAGUAUUAAUAGAGAUUGUAUUCUAUGAUGUUAUCUGACCACCCAUUGGCUUUAAGUCAAGGUCCUGUUUUUGUUUUCAUAUUCAUUUGCUUGUCAGUGUUCAACUUGGCAAAUAAUUUGGAAACAUAUCAGUAUAUAGACAAUUAUUUUGUACUUUUUCAUUCAAUUUUUGUACACAUAUAUUUUAUAGUGAGAUCUACAGUAUCUCUUGACUGUUACUACAUUCUAAAUAAUAAACUUUAUUGAUGGAUUUUGA